CCUGCUCACUUCCAACGCCAAGGCUCGGGAUGUUCCCUGAGCUUAAUAACUUGCUGAACGUCAGCCCCGAGAAGCCAGAGCAGGGGACAUUUACUCUGCUCUGCGAUGCCAAGACAGAUGGAAGCUUCCUUGUGCACCAUUUUCUCUCCUUUUACCUCAAAGCUAACUGUAAGGUUUGCUUUGUGGCCCUUCUCCAGUCCUUCAGUCACUAUAAUAUUGUAGGUCAAAAGCUGGGAGUCAAUCUGAUCGCAGCCCGAGAUCGGGGACAGCUGGUAUUCCUUGAAGGCCUGAAGUCCACUGUUGAAGUCCUCUUUGGGUCAGAGGAACAAUCAAACACCCUCAAGUUUAUCAGAGAGUCUGGCUCUGACCUGAAGUCCUUGUAUGAGUUGGUGCAGAAAGCUCUGACUCCCUCAGCUGAUGGUGAUGCUGCUUCGUGGAAGUUUCCGGUGAUUUUGGUGGAUGACCUCAGUGUCCUGCUCAGUUUGGGUGUUCAAGCAGUUGCUGUUCUGGACUUCAUCCAGUACUGUAGAGUCACUGUCUGCUGCCGUUUGAAGGGAAACGUGGUGGCUUUGGUGCAUGACAGUGAUAGGACAGAGGAUGAGGAGAAGGCAGUGCUGAUGAAUGCUCUCGCUCACCAAAGCAGCUUGAUCCUCCGGGCUGAGGGGUUGGCAACUGGAUUCUGCAAAGAUGUUCAUGGGCAGUUGAAAAUCCUGUGGCGGGGAUUGCAGCAGCCAAAGGUUGAGCAGACUCAUAGUCUCACUUAUCAAUACAAGAUACAGGACAAGACUGUGACCUUCUUUGCUAAAGGACUAUCUCCUGCUGUGCUGUGACUUGAUCUUUGGACCGUGAAAAGUGACAUGCUGACUAUUUUCAGACUUGAAAGAAAAGGCCACGCCAUAAAUGGACCUUUCCCAGCUUUGCUCAAGCUAAACAGACCAGUGUAGCUACUUCAGAUUUGGCUGCUGUGGUUGAAGCCCAGGGCAGGACUACUGUAUAUGUUUCCUGUUUCUCUGAUUCACCCCUGUUCUUGGUAAGUGGACCAAGAGAGAAUGUACAAAACCCUCAAGAAAUGGGCAUCCUGUCUACUCACUAUGGGAAACUGAGCCUAGAUUCUAUUCUCGGGCUUUGGAUGUAAACAUACUGCACAGUGGGCUGAUCUUGGUGGUAUAUAUGUAUAAUUUAUUUAAUAAACCUUAAACAGAUUUUGCUGA